AUGCCGCCGGAGGUAUUUCGAUGGGACCGGAGAGGCUUUCGGAAGUACGACAGACCCGGGUCAGACCCCGCCCUUGGGGGAGGAUUCGGUGGCGGUGGCCCUACUAGAUGGAGGGACCAGCACCACCCUCAACCGCCGCCCCCGUAUCAUCCCUACCACCAUCAUCAGCACCGCUGGUACUCCGGUUUCCGCUCUCGCCCUCUCCCUCCUGGUCUUGGAAAGCAAGGUGGUCGAGACAUGUACCAGGAGGAGUCUAGUCAUGGGUUUCCGCCUUUUAAGUCACGGUUCAAUGACAGGAUUUCUGAUGAUAUGAAUUUUCGGCCUCCUGGUUCUCACAGCGAUGGAAGAUAUUUCAGAAAUAGAAGGGAAAUUAAGGGUUCCAAUAGCCACAGGGUCUUGAAAGGUCACUCUAGGGAGCCUGCUGCCUCACCACGCAGUCCUGUAAGAGUCGUUAGUGAUGUUAAUGAACAUAGUUCUGUAGAGAAUGUGAAAACAUACAAUAAUGGUGGCAACAAUAGCAACAGAAGCAGCAACAACUCCUACUAUCCUCAACCCGACACUGUAAACUUGUCGGAUCAAUCUCAGUCUCUCAAAGAGAUGCUUGAUAAGAAUGGUGGUAAUACUGAAGGAUUGGCCUGCAAAGGUCAGAAAUUUGAGAAAGAAAACUCACUGGGGUCUAUAGAUUGGAAGUCUUUGAAAUGGACCCGGUCAGGAAGCUUGUCUUCAAGGGGGUCUGGCUUUAGCCUUUCAAGUAACUCCAAGAGCAUGGGAGCAGACUCCAAUGAUACAGUGUCUGCGAUGCCAAUUCAGUCUCCUUCUGGGAAUGCUGCUGCUUGUCCGAUGUCUGUUGCUAUAGCUUCAUCUGAAGAUACUCGUUCCAAGAAGAAGCCACGCCUUCGAUGGGGUGAGGGACUGAAAAAGUUCGAGAAGAAGAAAGUUGAAGGCCCUGAAGAUGGUGCAAUCAGAAACGAAUUUGUCAUUAGUGAUAGUGAUACAGAAACUGUGCUGUCCAAUCCCAUGAACCUGGCUGAUAAGAGUCCUAAAGCUGCAGUUUUAUUAGACUGUGCUUCACCAGCUACUCCAUCUUCGGUUGCUUGUAGUUCCUCGCCUGGUGUUCAGGAGAAACAAUCCAUCAAGACAGUUAGUGUUGACCAUGAUAUGACUAAAUUGAGCUGUUCACCAAGUAUUCUGUCUCAGAUGCUGUGUGAGGGACCAACCUUCAAUCUAGAGAAUUUUGAGCUCACGUCUAUCGCUAAUUUGAGCUCUUCGAUCAGUGAAUUGUUAAGAUCUGAUUAUACAAAUUCUUUGGAUACUGGUUUUGUGCGAACCACUGCAAUGAACAAGUUGUUGUUAUGGAAAGUCGAUGUAUUAAAAGCACUCGAGAAGACUGAAUCUGAGAUAGAUUCACUUGAAACUGAAUUCAGAUCAUCAAUAUCUGAAGCUGGAAGUAGCUUUCCUCAUCCAGCUGCAUCAUGUAUGCUGCCAGGUGACAAGAUUUUGGAGAAUAUACCUGAGGCAUUAGAUGAUGAGAACUCUGGGAUGAAAGAUGAGGAUAUUGGUAAUCCAGAGAGUGCAAUAUCUAAGUUUGUUGAGAUGCCUUCUGUGAAGGACUUCUGCCCGUCCAACACAGCCAAUCAGAUUGAAGGCUUCCUGAAUUCAGAUGCGAAUAAUUCUGAAAACCUGGAAGUGAAAUGUUUAGAAAAUGGUGAUGAUGAGGAAACCAAAGGUCACGUGGAUGAUUCUGAACCGAUCUUUAGUAGUAAUUAUCCAACUCUUGCUAGUUGUAGCAAUUCAUGUUGUGAAAGAGAGGAUAUUUAUAAUUUAAUACUUGCUACCAACAAAGAUUCUUCAGAUAGAGCUUCAGAAGUGUUAAAUAAGUUGUUGCCUGCCAACCAGUGUCAUUCUGAUAUUUCAACUGCUACCAGUGUCUCAUAUUUGCGAAAUGAUUUCAUGGUAAUGAAGAAUAAAUUUCUAAAAAGGAAGCGAUUCAUACAAUUUAAUGAGAAAGUUACCACUCUCAAGUUUAAGGUUUUUCAUCACUUCUGGAAGGAAAAUCAGCUACUUUCUGCAAGGAGAGUUCGUAUAAAGUCUCACAAGAAGUUAGAUCUAAGUCGGACUGAGUAUUUUGGCUAUCAAAAGCAUCACUCCUCCUGUUGCUCUAGAUUUUCUUCUUCCGUCUUUGCGGAUGGAAAUCUUAGUAUGGUGCCAACAGAAGAAGUAAUUGAUUAUGUGAGUAGGUUGCUUUCGAAUUCCGAGGUCAAACCCUACAGGAAUAUAUUGAAGAUGCCUGUUUUAAUUUUGGACAAGAAGGAGAAGUUUAUGUCAAGGUUUAUCUCGAGUAAUGGUUUGGUGGAAGAUCCUCUUGCUGUUGAAAAGGAGAGGUCUAUGAUCAACAUCUGGACAUCUGAAGAGAGGGAAAUUUUUGUUGAUAAACUUGCUACCUUUGGGAAAGACUUCAGUAAGAUUGCGUCUUUUCUUGAUCACAAAUCAACAGCAGAUUGCAUUGAAUUCUACUACAAGAAUCGCAAGUCGGAAUACUUUGAGAAGGCAAAAAAGAAGACAGGCUUUCCAAAGCAAAGGAAGACCCGAUCUAGUAGUACAUACAUGGUUGCAUCAGUGAAAAGAUGGAAUCGUGAGGCUAAUGUAGCUUCCCUUGAUAUACUGAGUGCAGCAUCAGCUGUUGCUGCUUCUGCUGAUGAUGGUAUAGAGAUUCAGCAGAAAUGCUCAUCGAGAAUCUUUCUUGGGUCGAGUGCUUACCGAGAAUCAAGAGGUGAUGUCGGUUUAUUGCAAAGAUCAAACAGUCUCAAUAUUUAUGAAACUGAUCGAGAAACUAUGGCUGUUGAUGUGUUAGCUGGUAUAUGUGGUUCCUUGUCCUCUGAAGCUAUGAGUUCUUGCAUUACGAGUUCCGUGGAUCCUGCAGAGAUCUAUGAGGAAGUUUACGAUUCAUGCUUAGAUGAGAGCUGUGAGGAGAUGGACCCCACUGAUUGGACUGACGAGGAGAAAUCCUUUUUCAUACAGGCUUUGUCAUCUCAUGGCAAGGAUUUUGCAAUGAUCUCACGCUGCGUCAGAACCAGAUCAACAUAUGAGUGCAAAGUCUUCUAUAGCAAGGCCCGAAAGUGUCUUGGAUUGGAUAUGAUACAGCCCAGACCUCGCAAUGCUGUAUCUGGUGAUAUUAAUGGAGGUGGAAGUGACGAUGCUGAAGAAGCUUGUGUUGUGGAGUCGGGUUCUAUAAUAUGCAGUGAGAGAUCAGGAUGUGAGAUGGUAGAGAACCUUCUGUCUCCUGAUUUGAAGACAAGCUAUGAAUCUGAUACUGUAGGAAUAUUGACUUUGAAGCGCAAUCUUAACGAAUGUGAGGAAAAUAAUGGAACAGGUUUUGAUAAUUUUAUGGAUGCUGAUAACCCUGGGCUAAAUCAUUGUCAGGAGAAGGAUAAGGCUGAUUUAGACUUUGAUGCAGAUGCAAAUGAUCAUGGUGCUGAUGGUGGAACUGUGGUUGUGUCCCGCGAUACAGAAUCUUCACGGGUAAUUGAAGAGUCUGACAACCAUGUCCAGUCUAAUAGAUUGGGCAAGACAGAGAAUGCAGCUUUGACUGAGGUUUCUGAAGGGCAUCGUAGGCCAGCUGUUACUUCUCAUCCAUGUGCUGAAGCACAUUCUUCUACACAUCUGGAUAUUACAUUGGGAUGCCAAAAGAAAACUUCUAAUCAUAUUGCUUCGUCAGCUGCUCGUGCAAAUGUGAUCAGUGAUGUGCAGUGUCAGAAAAUUGCUCAGACGGGUCAGCAUCUUUCUGGUUGCUCAUUUUCAGAUUGUGUCGAGUCUUCCAAAAUUCUCGGGGACUUUAAGGUUUCUAUGUCAACUGUGAAGAAGAAAAACGAGGAUAUUAAUUGCAAAAAAGAAGUUUCACUUCGAAGUGAUGCCAAGGUAGAUGGAAAUUUCCCAUUAGAUCGGAGUUCUGGAUUCUCUCUUCAAAAGUGCAGUAGUUCAAGAUACCGGAAUUCUCCCGGGGCUCCAAUUCAGUCCCAAGAACAGACAACGGAUCCCUGCAGGAAAGGUGGUGUGAAAUUGUUUGGUCAAUUUUUGAUCUCUUCUCAGGAGAAACAAAAUUCUUGUGUACCGGUCAAUGAUAAGAAAACCCCUCAUCAUAAAUCAGGUAAGCAACCAUUCAGUGGGGAUGGGAUUAAUUCAGCUCAAGCAAAGCCCGACUGUGAUGACUACCCGAGCUCUGAGAAUAUUCUCAUCACGAAAUUUCCUUCUUGGGAUAAGAACAAGUUGCAGAAUGCUUUCCCUCCUCUUCCCAACUCGACACUUUUGUUUUGUCAGAAUCCUGCUGCAGUUACCAAUAACGCCAUGCCCUUGGACAAACUUAAGCAGCCAUUGUUACAUCCGGUUGUCAAAAGCACGGAAUGCGGGCUGAAUAGCAUCUCCUUUUUUCCAACCCAAGAACUAAGUAGCUGCAACAGACUAGCAGAUUAUGAGGUUCCAAGGGACAGUGAAGUGCAGCCGUUUACCAUAGAUCUAGAGAUGCAACGAAUGAAAGGUUUUGAUGUUAUGUCGGGUACCCAACAGCCAAAAAAGGGGACCGGCGGAAUUAAUGUUGGAAGCCAGUAUGCUGGUGUUUCAGACCCUGUGGAGGCCAUUAAAAUGCACUAUGCAAAAGACGAACGGUUGUGUGUCCCGACCACGAACAUCAUCAGAGACGAUGUCCCGCCGUAG